GCGUAGCGGCCCGAGCCCCGCAGUCGUCGCCGGCGUCUCCUGGACUCGAUACUACGCCGUCGAUCCCUCCUUUUUCUGACUGAAAUCCUCUCCCCGCUCGAGGCUCCGCUGGUAACCAUGGGUUGCGAUGACGAAGUGCUCAAGAUCAAGAAGAAGCUCGAUAAGAUGACCACGAGCGGCAGUGACCAGACACAGGCACUGGAUUUGUUGAAAGUGUUGCAGACCCUUCCAAUCAACUUCCAGGUACUAUCUAAAACUCGCAUUGGCAUGACCGUCAACGCCCUACGAAGAGCGUCCUCUGAUGAUGAUGUAAUUUCAACAGCGAAACAGCUCAUCAAGAACUGGAAAAAAUUUGUUCCUGACAAGAAGGAGGACGAAGAUAAAGAUAAUAAAGAAGAGAAGAAGAAGGACAAGGAGGAGAAAAAGGAGAGUAAGAGUGGCAGCAACAGUAACAGCAACAGCAGUAGCAGCGGGAGUGGGAGUUCCAAGCCUACCUCGUUUCCUCCUUCAGCUCCACCUACUACUGAUGCCCUGCGGCUGAAGUGCCGAGAGAUGUUAACAAAUGCUCUGAAGUGUUCAGAAUUACCAGAUGGCAUUGUUGACACCCCAGAGAGUCUCGGAGAACAAGUUGAGGAAGCCAUUUAUCAAGAGUACCGCAAUACUGAUGCUGCUUAUAAAAAUCGCUUACGAUCUCGGGUGUAUAACCUGAAGGACAGCAAGAACCCACAGCUGCGAGAAAAUGUCCUUAGAGGUGUUAUUUCUCCCAAGAGAUUGGCCACCAUGUCAUCUGAUGAAAUGGCCAGUGAUGAGAUGAAAGCACUUCGAGAGAAAUUCACUAAGGAGGCCAUUGAUGAUCACCAGCUGGCAGUGGCCCAAGGCACCAAGACGGACUUGCUGAAAUGUGGCAAGUGUGGGCAGAGGAAUUGCACCUACAAUCAGAGCAAACGUUUCCAAGAUGGUGAGAUACUGAUAUCUGGUCACCUCAUGGUUUCAAACGCUACCUGCGGACGUGCUUCAAGCGGAGUCCACAGCUGCAUAAAACGACGGGAAAACUGUGUCAUUCUUGGUGGGACCUAUUGUGGGUAUUAUACAAAUUAUUAUUCAAAUUCAGGAGAGCCUCGGAAGAAAGCCAUUAAUCUUCUGGUGGCGCUGGGCGUAGCAAGUUUGUGUUUCCUGAAGUUGUUUACAGCUUCAGGAAGAACGGAUCCUCACAGUAAAGUUAUCAAAAGGCUUGCUGGAAUCAUGUCCGAAAAAACAGCCAAGAGGAUGUAG